UCCCAGAUGCAAACCCAAGUACAGCAAGUGGGAAUCGUACCGACGCAGGCCAUGGCGACUGGACCAACGGCAGAUCCGGAGAAGCGCAAACUGAUCCAGCAGCAGUUGGUUUUGCUGCUUCACGCUCACAAAUGUCAGAGGCGGGAGCAGGCGAACGGAGAGGUGCGGGCCUGCGCUCUCCCGCACUGUCGAACCAUGAAAAACGUCCUCAACCACAUGACACACUGUCAAGCUGGGAAGGCCUGUCAAGUUGCUCAUUGUGCAUCUUCGAGACAAAUCAUUUCCCAUUGGAAGAAUUGUACUCGGCACGACUGUCCUGUGUGCCUUCCUUUGAAAAAUGCCAGUGACAAAAGAAAUCAACAGCCCCUUCUAGGGUCUCCAGCUGGUGGCAUCCAAAAUUCCAUUGGUUCUGUUGGCACAGGCCAGCAGAAUACUCCAUCGCUAAGUAAUCCUAAUCCGAUUGACCCCAGCUCCAUGCAACGAGCCUACGCCGCUCUUGGACUGCCAUAUGGCAACCAGCCGCAAACACAGUUGCAGCCCCAGGUGCAGGGCCAACAGCCGGCACAGCCUCAGGCUCACCAGCAAAUGAGGACCAUUAAUGCACUGGGAGCCAACCAGAUGAACCUUCCUGCAGGAGGAAUAACAACAGACCAGCAAGCUAGUCUGAUUUCUGAAACUGCUCUUCCAACAUCCCUUGGGACAAAUAACCCACUCAUGAAUGAUGGCACAAAUUCUGGCAAUGUUGGAAACCUCAGCUCAAUGCCAACGGCUGCUCCUCCUUCUAGUACCGGGGUAAGGAAAGCAUGGCAUGAACAUGUCACUCAGGACCUGCGCAAUCAUUUAGUGCAUAAACUAGUCCAAGCCAUCUUCCCCACUCCUGAUCCAGCAGCACUGAAGGAUCGCCGCAUGGAGAACUUGGUGGCUUAUGCCAGGAAAGUGGAAGGAGAUAUGUAUGAAUCUGCUAACAGUAGGGAUGAAUACUAUCAUUUAUUAGCAGAGAAAAUCUAUAAGAUACAAAAGGAGCUAGAAGAGAAACGGAGGUCUCGUCUACAUAAACAAGGGAUGCUGGGGAAUCAGCCAGCCUUACAGACCCCAGGGCCUCAGCCCCCUGGUAUCCCACAGGUGGCUGCUGCCAUGGGCCAGGCACAGCCCGUGAGGCCGCCCAAUGGGCCUAUGUCCAUGCCAACUGUGCCUAUAAGUCGUAUGCAGGUUUCUCAAGGAAUGAAUCAGUUUAACCCCAUGUCCAUAGGGAAUGUACAGAUGCCACAAGCGCCCAUGGGACCCCGUGCAGCUUCUCCAAUGAACCAUCCUGUGCAAAUGAACAACAUGGGCGCCGUUCCUGCGAUGGCAAUGUCUCCUUCCCGAAUGCCUCAGCCGCAGAACAUGAUGGGAGCUCAUGCCAACAACAUGAUGGGGCAGGCUCCUACCCAGAACCAGUUCCUGCCCCAGAAUCAGUUCCCAGCAUCUACUGGGGCUAUGAAUGUGAACAACGUGGGCAUGGGUCAGUCAACAGCUCAGGCCGGGGUGGCACAGCAGGGGCAGGUUCCCAGUGCUGCUCUUCCUAACUCCAUGAACAUGCUUGGACCGCAGAGUGGGCAGUUACCAUGUCCACCAGUGACCCAGCCACCUCUACAUCAGACUACACCUCCGGUGUCCACUGCUGCUGGCAUGCCGCCUAUUCAGCACCAAACGCCAACUGGAAUGACUCCUCCUCAGCCAGCAGCACCCACGCAGCCAUCGACGCCGGUCUCAUCAUCAGGACAAACACCAACGCCGACACCGGGUUCUGUUCCAAACGCGACACAGACACAAAGCACGCCGACGGGGCAGACUGCGGCACAGGCGCAAGUCACACCGCAACCACAGACCCCGGUUCAACCCCAGUCUGUGCCAACCCCGCAGCCAUCUCAGCAACAGCCAACAUCUGUGCAGGCACAGCCACCUGGCACUCCACUAUCCCAGGCAGCAGCUAGUAUUGAUAACAGGGUCCCCACCCCUGCCUCAGUUGCUAGUGCUGAUACGAAUUCCCAGCAACUAGGACCAGAUGCACCAAUGCUAGAAAGCAAAUCAGAAGUUAAAACUGAAGAAACUGAGCCAGAGACUAGUGAGACACAAGUGGAAGCUAAGACUGAGGUGGAGGAGGAUUUACAAGGAUCUUCACAAACAAAAGAAGAAUCAGAGGGAACAGAACUGAAACAAGAACCAAUGGAAAUAGAAGAAAAAAAGCCUGAAAUAAAAGUAGAUGCUAAAGAGGAAGAGGAGAGUGGCACUAAUGGAACCACUUCACAGUCCACAUCGCCAUCUCAGCCCCGCAAAAAAAUUUUCAAACCUGAGGAGCUGCGCCAGGCUCUCAUGCCUACCCUUGAAGCUUUGUACCGACAGGACCCAGAGUCUCUACCUUUUAGACAGCCCGUGGAUCCUCAGCUUUUAGGGAUUCCGGACUACUUUGACAUUGUGAAGAAUCCUAUGGAUCUUUCCACCAUUAAGCGUAAAUUGGAUACUGGGCAGUACCAAGAGCCCUGGCAGUAUGUGGAUGACGUUUGGCUAAUGUUUAACAACGCCUGGCUUUACAAUCGCAAGACUUCCAGGGUCUAUAAGUUUUGCACUAAACUCGCGGAGGUGUUUGAACAAGAAAUUGAUCCUGUUAUGCAGUCGCUUGGCUACUGUUGUGGGCGCAAGUAUGAGUUUUCUCCACAGACCUUGUGUUGCUACGGCAAGCAGUUGUGUACUAUUCCUCGUGAUGCUGCCUACUACAGUUACCAGAAUAGGUAUCACUUCUGUGAGAAGUGUUUCACUGAAAUCCAGGGGGAGAAUGUCACCCUGGGUGAUGACCCUUCCCAGCCUCAAACAACCAUCUCAAAGGAUCAGUUUGAAAAGAAGAAAAAUGAUACACUAGAUCCAGAGCCGUUUGUUGACUGCAAAGAGUGUGGUCGGAAGAUGCACCAGAUUUGUGUAUUACAUUAUGAUAUUAUUUGGCCUUCAGGGUUUGUCUGUGAUAAUUGUCUGAAGAAAACUGGUAGAACACGCAAAGAAAACAAAUUCAGUGCUAAAAGGCUACAGACUACGCGUUUAGGAAACCAUUUGGAAGAUAGAGUAAAUAAAUUUUUGCGGCGACAGAAUCAUCCUGAAGCUGGAGAGGUCUUUGUCAGAGUAGUAGCAAGUUCAGAUAAGACAGUAGAAGUUAAACCGGGAAUGAAAUCCAGAUUUGUGGAUUCUGGUGAGAUGUCAGAAUCUUUCCCUUACCGUACCAAAGCUCUGUUUGCGUUUGAGGAGAUAGACGGAGUAGAUGUGUGCUUCUUCGGCAUGCACGUACAGGAGUAUGGCUCGGAUUGUCCCCCGCCAAAUACAAGGCGUGUGUACAUAUCGUAUCUAGAUAGUAUUCAUUUCUUCCGCCCCCGUUGUCUCCGAACUGCAGUUUAUCAUGAAAUCCUCAUUGGAUAUCUGGAGUACGUGAAGAAACUUGGGUAUGUGACAGGACACAUCUGGGCCUGUCCCCCAAGCGAAGGAGAUGACUAUAUUUUUCAUUGCCAUCCACCUGAUCAGAAAAUACCCAAACCCAAACGCCUGCAAGAAUGGUAUAAGAAGAUGCUGGACAAGGCAUUUGCUGAGAGAAUCAUUCAUGACUACAAGGACAUCUUCAAACAAGCGACUGAGGACAGGCUGACAAGUGCCAAGGAGCUGCCUUACUUUGAAGGUGAUUUCUGGCCCAAUGUGCUGGAAGAAAGCAUUAAGGAGUUAGAGCAGGAGGAGGAGGAAAGGAAAAAAGAAGAAAGCACUGCAGCUAGUGAAACGACAGAGGGAAGCCAGGGCGACAGUAAAAAUGCCAAGAAAAAGAACAACAAAAAAACCAACAAGAAUAAGAGCAGCAUCAGCAGAGCUAACAAGAAGAAACCCAGCAUGCCAAACGUGUCCAAUGAUCUGUCUCAGAAGCUGUACGCCACUAUGGAGAAGCAUAAAGAGGUCUUUUUUGUGAUUCAUUUACAUGCUGGGCCUGUAAUUAACACUCUGCCUCCCAUCGUGGACCCUGAUCCAUUACUUAGCUGUGAUUUGAUGGACGGGCGAGAUGCCUUCCUCACUUUAGCCAGAGAUAAGCACUGGGAGUUCUCCUCACUACGCCGAUCCAAGUGGUCCACGCUCUGCAUGCUGGUAGAACUACACACUCAAGGGCAGGAUCGCUUUGUCUAUACGUGCAAUGAGUGCAAACAUCAUGUGGAAACAAGGUGGCACUGCACUGUUUGUGAGGACUACGACCUCUGCAUUAACUGCUACAACACUAAGAGCCAUGACCACAAGAUGGUUAAGUGGGGCCUGGGUCUGGAUGAUGAGAGCAACAGCCAAGGAGAGCAGCAGUCAAAGAGCCCCCAAGAGUCACGACGACUGAGCAUCCAGCGCUGCAUUCAGUCCCUUGUCCAUGCCUGUCAGUGCCGCAAUGCAAACUGCUCAUUGCCAUCCUGCCAGAAGAUGAAACGGGUUGUCCAGCACACCAAGGGCUGCAAGCGCAAGACCAACGGUGGCUGUCCAGUGUGCAAACAGCUCAUAGCUCUCUGCUGCUACCAUGCCAAACACUGCCAAGAGAACAAAUGCCCUGUGCCAUUCUGUCUCAAUAUCAAACACAAGCUUCGACAGCAGCAGAUCCAGCAUCGCCUGCAGCAGGCUCAGCUCAUGCGCAGAAGGAUGGCUACCAUGAACACCCGAAACGUGCCUCAGCAAAGUUUGCCUUCUCCUACCUCAGCAACGCCUGGUACCCCUACACAGCAGCCAAGUACACCGCAAACGCCGCAGCCUCCUCCCCAGCCCCAGCCGUCCCCUGUAAGUAUGUCACCAGCUGGCUUUCCCAGUGUGUCGAGAACUCAGCCCCCUACUACUGUUUCAACAGGAAAACCCGCAAACCCGGUUUCCGCACCUCCACCUCCGGCUCAGCCUCCGCCAGCUGCGGUGGAAGCGGCUCGGCAGAUUGAGAGAGAAGCUGCCCAGCAGCAGCAGCAGCUCUACAGGGUCAACAACAUUAACAAUGGUUUGCCUCCUGGUCGCCCAGGACUAGUAAACCCGACGGUGGGUUCAGUGAACCAGAUGCAGCAAGUCAGCAUGAAUGUACCCCGGCCCAACCCUGUCAGCGGUCCAGUGAUGCCCAACAUGCAGCCUGGACAGUGGCAGUCACCUCCAAUGCCGCAGCAGCAGCCAAUGCAGCCAGGAAUGGCGAGGCCGGUUAUGCCAAUGGCGACGCCGCAAGCAGUGGCUGGGCCACGGAUGCCGGGUGUGCAGCAGCCACCACGGAGCAUCCCCCCGAAUGCACUUCAGGACUUACUGAGGACCUUGAAAUCACCAAGUUCUCCGCAACAGCAACAGCAGGUUCUUAACAUCCUUAAAUCCAACCCUCAACAACCCCAGCCUGGGAUGCAGCAGCCGCAGACCGGCAUGCAACAGCCAGGCAUGCACGCUCAAGCAGGAUUGCAGAACAUGAACGCGAUGCAAGCGGGAGUGCAGAGACCGAGCGUUCCUCCCCAGCAGCAAGGGAUAGGAGCUAUGAAUCCCCAGGGACAAGCGAUAAACAUCAUGAACCCUGGCCACAACCCCAGCAUGGCGAACAUGAGCCCGCAGUACCGAGAAAUACUGAGGCGGCAACUACUGCAGCAGCAGCAGCAACAGCAGCAGCAGCAAGGAGGGGCUGGCAUGGCAGGAGGGAUGGCAGGGCACAACCAGUUCCAGCAGCCUCAAGGACCGGGAGGUUACCCUCAAGCCAUGCAGCAGCAGCGGAUGCAGCAGCAUAUAUCGAUCCAGGGGGGGUCCAUGGGACAGAUGGCUCAGAUGGGACAGCUGAACCAGAUGGGCCAGCCCGGCAUGGGGGCGGACGGCACCCCCAACAUCCAGCAAGCCCUGCAGCAGCGGAUCCUGCAGCAGCAGCAGAUGAAACAGCAGAUAGGGUCCCCUGGGCAGCCCAACCCUAUGAGCCCACAGCAGCACAUGCUCUCAGGACAACCGCAGGCGUCUCAUCUCCCUGGCCAGCAGAUCGCCACCUCCCUCAGCAACCAGGUGCGGUCCCCAGCACCCGUUCAGUCUCCCCGUCCCCAGUCCCAGCCGCCACAUUCCAGCCCAUCACCCAGGAUACAGCCCCAACCGUCACCUCACCACGUCUCUCCCCAGACUGGUUCCCCCCAUCCGGGACUCGCGGUCACUAUGGCCAGCUCCAUGGAUCAGGGACACUUGGGCAACCCAGAACAGAGUGCAAUGCUUCCACAACUAAACACCCCGAACAGGAGUGCGUUGUCUAACGAAUUGUCUCUGGUCGGUGACACCACUGGGGACACAUUAGAAAAAUUUGUGGAGGGUUUGUAGCAUUAUGGGAGCAUCACUUCUUUCUUCUUCUUUUUUUUUUUCCUCUUUCCUUUCGUGUUCUUGGACAUUUUGUACUGAAAAUUCAGACAUCUGGGUUGUUUUGAAUCCUGGAUGGAACUGCUGCUUCCUACACAUGGAAGAAUGAAUUGCUGUUAAAAAAAAAAAGAAAAACAAUACAAAGAAUAUAUUUUUUGUUAAAGCCAGGCGGUUAAAAUAUCUGGUCUCUUUUGUGGGUUUUUUUGGUUUUUAUUUUUUUUGUUGCUGUUGACUCAUACCUUUUUUUUAACGGGGAAAACAAGUUCAUUAUAUUCAUAUUUUUUAUUUGUAUUUUCAAGACUUUAAACAUUUGCGUUUAAAAGAAGAAAAAAAUAAUAUUCAGAAACUGUUUCCUGAAAUAAUGCAACAUUAUAAUGUAUCCCGGUAACUUUGACACGUUGCGGGAAGAUUUUUUUUUCUAUAGUGAACUCUGCAGGCGUUUGAAGUA